AUGUAUGGUGACGGGAGUGACUAUUCGAACCUCGACUUCCUCAACUUCAUCCCCCAGGCCGACUCCGAUGAUGACGAGCCGGCCGCUCUGCUCCCCUCGCAGGCGUCCACUGCGCUCUACCCACCAAUCGGCGUUGAUAUUGCCGCUACGCAGACCAUAUGUACCUUAGAUGACAACGCGCUGGCGCUGCUUGACGCCUCUGCGUGCGUGAAGAGCGGUGACGUGUUAGACAAGGUGACGCAGUAUUCCUACUACCUCCGAUCAAGCUUUGACCCUGCGUGUAGCGAUGCGCCGGUUAUCCAGAACAUCGUGGCGUCAGCUCAUGUGGGAUGCGAGGUCGAUUUGCGCGAGAUCGCAAUUUCGACCCGCAACGCGGAGUACAACCCCCGGAAGUUCAACGCGUUGAUAACGCGUAUGCGCAACCCGCGUUGCACCGGCCUGGUAUUCCGCACCGGUCGUGUGAUGGUAACUGGCUGCAAGACGGUGGAAUCAUCCCUUUUGGGGGCCAAGCGCAUGGCCAAGAUGAUCCGCCGCGAAUUGGGCGGCGAACUGCACUUCAAAGACUUCAAGAUCGAGAACAUCGUGGCCUCGUUCAGCUGCAACGUGCCCAUCCGGCUGGAGCGUUUGUACGAGGAGCACAAGCUGUUCUGCAACUACGAGCCGGAGCUCUUCGCCGGCCUGGUGUACAGGUUCGCACUGCCGGACGGCAACGAAGCUGUGUUAUUGGUGUUUGUGUCAGGCAACGUCAUCAUCACCGGCUGCCGGUCUCCGAUGGAGAUAGAGAUGAUCCACACGCACAUGUCACCUCUGUUGCGCGAGUUCAAGCAAUGA